CGUCUGAAACGGUUCGCUUUGGUGGAGCUCUUGCUUACACGACGUUGUGCUCCAAAACGGUUCCACACAUUCGCUUUGUUUCUUCGCAAUGCUGAUUGUUGUACGAUAAAGAAGGCUUUUCCCAGUGUUGGUUGCACGUCGUCGAGUGCAGUUUCAUGUGUGAUCGCGAUUUGACGGGCUUCUUCUUCUGCCCAGGUUGCACUUAAGCGGCCUAUCAGUUUCGCACUCGGUAACGGUGCUUUGGAAGCACUUUGAAGUGUGUGCGCGAGAAUCUCUUCAUUUGCACCGUUCAGGGUGUGCGAUCUCUAUUGUUCUGUGAAACGCAAGUCUAUUUGAGGAGUUGAGUUCGUUGGUUGCAGAAUAUUAUUCGAAGGAUUUUACAUAAUAAAUUAAUCCAACGUUGUAUUUGUGUUGAAUGUUAAUAUUUUCAACCGUCACUUUGUAGUAGUGGUCAGAUCAAUCGUGAAAAAUAAGCUUAAGGUACCUUCGGUUGCGCUCAUACCAACACAAUCCGAUCGCAGCAGCAGCAGCAGUUGUGGAGUUGAUUGAAGAAUAGGCACUGCUGAGUCAGUACAGUGCACUAGAGAAACACACGUGCGUGUAUGGGUUGGCCGAAAAAGAGCACUUGAGAAAAGUGCAAUCUCAACCUCAACCAGCAACGACCAACAGGCCGGAGAUGUAUGUCGGUUAAAAGUGUACCAGAAAGUUAAUCAUUGAUGAAAAGAGUGUGCACCUAGUGCGUGUAUGUAGCGUUGUUUUUAUUGCAAAAUGUGUAAAAUUCGGUGAUCUACUUUUUGAUCUCUUUGCGCGUGAGUGUGUCGCUGUGACGGGAAAUAAAAGAGUUGCACGCUUAAAUCUAGAGUGAAUCACUCGGUGUAUAGCGAUUGAGCAGAAUUAAAGCAAAGAGUACGAAGAAGACGACAAAGCAAAGGUCAUUGAGCGUAAAUAUUUUCACUACAAGGCAGUUGGCUUGUCUUAUGCUAUGUGCUUGGGGUAGUAUUGUUAGGUGUCAGCACGGUACGGAUUAGCGAAAGAAACGCAACCAACAACGGCGCCAAAGAAGCAGAAUUUUGUUUUAUUUAUUUUGAACGACGCAACCAAUAGUCGUGAGUGCGGCUGAAUCAGACAUCCUGGGCGGAAAGGGUGUCAAGAAUUUUUCAUGAUUGCACACUGAUGGAAUAACAACUAUGACAUGGGAUCCUGUUCGAGACGACAUUUCUUGUUGUCAAUAUGCGUCCUGCAGUUGUUAUUCAUCAUCGAGCGACAGGUGUUUGACUUCCUCGGAUAUAUGUGGGCACCGAUCUUGGUGAACUUCUUUCAUAUAAUAUUUGUGAUAUUUGGAUUCUUUGGUGCCUAUCAAUAUCGUCCAAAAUAUUUAGUAACGUACUCACUAUGGAACCUUUUAUGGAUAGGAUGGAACGUAUUCCUAAUAUGUUUCUAUUUAAAUGUAGGAGUCUUAGAUAGGGAUAGUGACUUAUUAAAUUUAGGAACCGGCAGCGUGUCAUGGUUCGAGGUGAACGUCUACGGCUGCAAGCCGACCUACCCGAUGAACAUCACCUCGGAGGAUCCGUACCGGCCGGUGAGGCCCGAGCGGGUGGAUGGCUGCCUGCUGGACUACCACAUAGUGGAAGUUGCCCACUCCGGUGUGCAAUGUGCGCUGGCGCUACUCGGUUUCUUUGGAGCCAUCUGCCUGGGGCAUACGUAUCUGGACGAGGACGAUAGCUUCGACUUUAUGGGUGGCGAUGCGAAAAGUCCACAGCACACGGCCGUGCAUCCAAUGUACGUGAGCUAUACUAGUUUACCAACCACGAAUAGCGCCAACUCGACGCAGCUGAAGUCAGCUAUAGCUGCCAAAUCUGCGCCAUUAGCCGCCACCGUCAUCACCGCCAACCAUCAUAACAGCAAUAGUUCCCAUUGCCUCAGUAACACUAGCGCUAAGCUCGGUGUUGUGCUCAAGUCGAUUAACGGUCACGAUAACAAGAAUCCCAACUCAUCCUCAAACACUAACACCCUACUGUCGUCAUCAUCAUCACCGUCAUCGACGUUCACCAAUUGCAAUGGGAACGGUAGCAUCGGCAAUGGCAGGCCUCCAUCUGCACUCGGUGGACAGACACACGAACAGCACGUGCCACUCCAUCAACAGCCACUUCCACAUCCGCUCAGUCGAAAUUCUAGCUUUAGCAAAACCCGCAGCGGACAACUGCGGAAAAAUAGCAGUAGUGUCAGUAUUCGGUACACUGACGUUACCCAACAGCAGCAGCAGCAGCAGCAGCAGGAUGAGAGCAUGAUCCCGAACGAGGACGAUACCUUCUUCAUUCCAAAGAGCUCCUCCUGUCGCAAUAACUUCGGUAUCAGCAAUCCCUUCAACAACGUCUCCAGUCGAUACUAUCGCGAUGGCGAUUGUGAUUCACGAGCUGAAGACGAUGACGAUAGUAGCCAUCUGAUUACCGGCUCCUCGCAGCAACUAGCCCUUUCGACGCCGCUGAAACGGCAUCCCUCGGUUUCAUCGACGAGUAACAGCAUUGGCGGCGGCGGUGGAGGCAACAACAGCAGUAGCACAACGACGACACCAAUGAACGAGAACAACGCGAUAGCUUUUGAACGAAAUUUCCCCCACGGGACACGACCUGAUUUUAGUAGUGCUCACCAGCACAGGAUAGGUACUAAGCCACAGCCACAGCAAGUACAACCGAUACCACCACCAGUGCCACCCCUGCCACAGUUACACUUCCACCACCAGCAGCACCAGCACCAGCAACAACAGAAUUUCGAGAGCGGCAACAGCGAAAACUAUCGGAUGCCAUACCAGUACGUAACGCGUUCGCCGAACUUGAACCGAAUUGCGCGGCGGAACAAUGUGAACCUAAUUAAUAACAAUAACAACAAUAACCCCCGUGUCAUGAGCCCCAAGUACUGCGAUCAAAUUCGCGACUUUGCGGGGGGGCCUCCCGGCUACCCGGGGCACGAAAAUAACAAUUACCCUCCGCCUCCCCCGUCGGUUUCGUCGGCCAGCGGGAGUGGUUAUCCGGCGAUGGUGAUGCAUCGGGCCAAAUCCCAGGAUCGAUUAUCGCACCGCUCUCGAAGACACCAUCACCACCACCACCACGGAGGCGCACGUGGCCAGUACCAACAGCGCCCGCGGUCGUUCUGCAGCAAUAACGGAGCCUAUCCGGACUAUGUGAUUAUGGAACAUCCCGGCAAUUAGGAAGUUCCAAAGCCUUGCCUGAUUUUUGUUUUUCCUUAACUGUUUAAUACUGCUGCUUUUCUGACCGCUUUUUAGAUGGUAAUGAUGAAAUAGUGACAGGGGGCGCCGGUGGGUCUACGUCCGAUGUCGGCUGUAGACAGACCAUGGGGAGUGGGUGAUUGGACAUACAAGAUUGAUUGUUAAAUUAGUUUAGCGGCGGCGGCAAGAGGCAUACUGGUGAUGACGUGAAAAUCGAAGGGUUUAUCAAUAGUGAAUUCGACGGUAGACGGUAACGGUGUAAUUGUUCGACAUUUAGAAAACGUAAUUGAUUUCGAUCUACGCAGCAUUGGAUAUUCUAUAAUCAAAAGUCAGUUCAGUUUGAAUUAUGCUAAAUCUAAUAAGUUGAAUUCAAUAAAAAUUUGUUUGUUUUAAUAAAAGUUCCUGAUGGAUGGAUGUAAUGUGAUCCUUCGUCCUCAGUAAUAUUUAAAAAUGAAUAUGGCCUUUCGGAU